AUGACAAAACGAUCCUUAACCACAGAGAUGGAAUGCAACGUGAGGCAAAUGCUGAAGCUGAUUGAAGAUGAUGGAGACUCAUUUGCCCAAAAGGCUGAAAUGUAUUACAAGAAGAGACCAGAGUUAAUUUCUCUUGUUGAAGAGUUCUAUCGUGGCUACAAAUCUUUAGUUGAACGUUUUGAUCACAACACCUCCUUGUGUGAUCUUCAAUCACAAGCUUCUGGUGUUUCAGAUUGUGGUUCGGAAACACCUUCUUCUAUGCCUUCUCCCUCGCCUAGGAAGAUGGGCCAUCGCAUAUCCACCAACCGUGCCGCAGGAGUGUUUCUGGCACGGUUGUGA